GUACAGAGCAAUCACUUCACUGGUAAGCUCCCCCUCCCCAAUUCUUUAGUUAAUGGUGGCCUUUCAACCCGCUUCUUCCCUACCUUGAUCCAAAACAAGGUAAAUUACUCACAGUGGGUGGCGCCCGGAGGGAGGAGUCGCUACUGGGACGGAGUGCAGAAAGCAAUAAGCUGAGGUCCUCGCUGCUCGGACGGAGUGGGGAGGAGGCCGCCGGGAUGGUUGCUGAGCAAAAUGGUGUUUUGGAGGGAAAGGAAUGGCGAAGGUCGAGGGACAGGUGCAGGGCCGGCCGGUGAUGAGCUUAAUUGUUGUCUCCGGUGAGUCGGUGACUGUCCGUCUGGACACAUACAGAAGCGAAGCUUUCCUUAGCUUAUUUUUUCCCACACCGAAAAGGAGCACUUAAAGUCUCGCCUGGCGUAUCUAUAAAUUUAUAGCUUUUGAGAAACCAGAAGGAGUGCCUGCAGUUGGUAAAUUGAGGGUUCAUUAAUCUCCUUGGCAUGCAGCCCUGCUUAUUGCAGGUCAGUCAUUCAUCUUGAUCCCCUCUUCAUUUUUUAUAGUAUUCUGAAUCAAGCAUGGUGUUAUUUGUGUCUAAAAUGUAACGGUCUCUGUAUUUAUCUUAUGUGUAUAUUUAUCACUUAAACAUUGUUUGGUUUAACACAAAAUUUGUUUUGAUAGAUUCUGAGUUGAAAGUUGGAGAAAAUGAUGUGUUUUUUGUCCUUGUUUGGUUAGAAAAGUGGGACGAAAUGAAAAAACAUUGUCAGGAUGAUACGUUUAAAAAAUCUCAUCUCAAAUGAUCUCUUCAAGACAAUUUGGAUGAUACGUUUAAAAAAACAUUGUUGUGAAAAAAAGCAUUCCCGUUUCUGUGCUACUUAGGACGAGACUUGACAAGAAAAACAGAGCAAAACAAUUUGGACUCACUGAAAUAGACAUAUCCACCCUUUGUUUUUACUAUAUGAACAUGUCAUUAUUGAUAGUAAUAUAAUGUCUUCUACUUCUCUCAAUCCAAAUAAUUAAAACAUGUACUUACGAUCUCUUAACCCCUACUUCUUUCUGUCCUAUCUUCAUCCAAACAGAGUAUAAGAGUGAAAGUCAAAAUGGAGAAAAAGGUGAGAGGAGAGAAAGCAGUGUCAAAUAGAAUAGACUGUGAAUAUUGUUUAUACCAAAAGUAAGGAAAAGAAGAGAAAGAAAUGGUGCCAAUUAUCAAAGAACAAAAAACAUUUUUAGAACACAAUCUCCAUUGAAAUUAAUUGCUAAAGGAAGGGUAAAUUAGGAUAUUAACAAACGAAAUCCUUCAUGAGCUCCUACUUUAUUUGAGCCUGGGUAACUAAAUCACUAAUACUAGUACACUCUUCAAAUAAGGAAUUGUGUAAACAAGGUAGAUAUAAUAUUAAAUAAAGACGUGUGUACUGUCAGUCCGAUUGAUGAGAAAGCUGAAACUGUGUUAUCGUCUUGUGAGUACUUUGCAGGGAACGGAAGGGUGCAGUGAGUUAGGUUGGUUUAGGGCAUUUUUUGAAAAGAUCAUUUUUUGAAUCUGAUGGGGAAUCCUUCAUGAGCUCCUACUUUAUUUUGCAUCUUCUGUUCCUCAACUGUUCAAGUAAUUGAGACUUAAUGGGGAAAAUAGAACGUCUAUAUACAUAAGUGGUCGGAAGUUAACUAAAAAAACUUUAGAAAAGAACCAAUCACAAUUUUCAAACCUACAACAAGUGCUAUAUAACACUUGCUUUUGAUUCUUGCGAGGCCAAUAACACUUGCUCCUGCAUAUGCAUUCUCGAUUUCAAGUGAGUAAUAAAUUUGCGACCGUUGUAUGUGCAUUGCACUGCAUCCCUGUUGAUUUGAAGUUCCGGAAUGAAAUUGGCUGCCAUCAUCUUUAUGAAGUAAUAGUGCGCUGUUAGGCUUAGGUUUAGGUUAGGGCGCCGCUUAGGGCGCUGUUAGGCUUAGGUUUAGGUUUGGGCGCCGCUUAGGGUGCUGUUAGGCUUAGGUUUAGGUUAAGGCGCCGCUUAGGGCGCUGCUUAGGGCGCUGUUAGGCUUAGGUUUAGGUUAGGGCGCUGCUUAGGGCGGCGUUAGGCUUAGGUUUAGGUUAGGGCCUUAGGGCGUUGAUUAUUAAUAAUGCUGACGCUGAGGAAUUUUCUGAAGUGGCUGCUACCCCACAUUUAUAGUUAUAGCUUUUGAGAAACCAGAAGGAGUGCCUGCAGUUGGUAAAUUGAGGGUUCAUUAAUCUCCUUGGCAUGCAGCCCUGCUUAUUGCAGGUCAUUCAUUCAUCUUGAUCCCCUCUUCAUUUUUUAUUGUAUUCUGAAUCAAGCAUGGUGUUAUUUGUGUCUAAAAUGUAACGGUCUCUGUAUUUAUCUUAUGUGUAUAUUUAUCACUUAAACAUUGUUUGGUUUAACACAAAAUUUGUUUUGAUAGAUUCUGAGUUGAAAGUUGGAGAAAAUGAUGUGUUUUUUGUCCUUGUUUGGUUAGAAAAGUGGGACGAAAUGAAAAAACAUUGUCAGGAUGAUACGUUUAAAAAAUCUCUUCUCAAAUGAUCUCUUCAAGACAAUUUGGAUGAUACGUUUAAAAAAACAUUGUUGUGAAAAAAGCAUUCCCGUUUCUGUGCUACUUAGGACGAGACUUGACAAGAAAAACAGAGCAAAACAAUUUGGACUCACUGAAAUAGACAUAUCCACCCUUUGUUUUUACUAUAUAAACAUGUCAUUAUUGAUAGUAAUAUAAUGUCUUCUACUUCUCUCAAUCCAAACAAUUAAAACAUGUACUUACUAUCUCUUAACCCCUACUUCUUUCUUUCCUAUCUUCAUCCAAACAGAGUAUAAGAGUGAAAGUCAAAAUGGAGAAAAAGGUGAGAGGAGAGAAAGCAGUGUCAAAUAGAAUAGACUGUGAAUAUUGUUUAUACCAAAAGUAAGGAAAAGAAGAGAAAGAAAUGGUGCCAAUCAUCAAAGAACAAAAAACAUUUUUAGAACACAAUCUCCAUUGAAAUUAAUUGCUAAAGGAAGGGUAAAUUAGGAUAUUAACAAACGAAAUCCUUCAUGAGCUCCUACUUUAUUUGAGCUUGAGUAACUAAAUCACUAAUACUAGUACACUCUUCAAAUAAGGAAUUGUGUAAACAAGGUAGAUAUAAUAUUAAAUAAAGACGUGUGUACUGUCAGUCCGAUUGAUGAGAAAGCUGAAACUGUGUUAUUGUCUUGUGAGUACUUGGCAGGGAACGGAAGGGUGCAGUGAGUUAGGUUGGUUUAGGGCAUUUUUUGAAAAGAUCAUUUUUUGAAUCUGAUGGGGAAUCCUUCAUGAGCUCCUACUUUAUUUUGCAUUUUCUGUUCCUCAACUGUUCAAGUAAUUGAGACUUAAUGGGGAAAAUAGAACGUCUAUAUACAUAAGUGGUCGGAAGUUAACUAAAAAAACUUAAGAAAAGAACCAAUCACAAUUUCAAACCUACAACAAGUGCUAUAUAACACUUGCUUUUGAUUCUUGUGAGGCCAAUAACUCUUGCUCCUGCAUAUGCAUUCUCGAUUUCAAGUGAGUAAUAAAUUUGCGACCGUUGUAUGUGCAUUGCACUGCAUCCCUGUUAAGUUGAAGUUCCGGAAUGAAAUUGGCUGCCAUCAUCUUUAUUGCGGUCGAUUGCGAGCAAUUGCGCCGUUGUUAUGAAGUAAUAGUGCAAAGGUGUUUGGCUCUUUUGAAUGGUUACAGUUUUGUCUUCCUCUUCUUCAUCUUUGUGUUGGGGGUCUCACGGGCUGUUGUUUGUCUUGUUGGGUUGGCCUGGCACAAUAAUAAACACAAUUUAAUGUAUAAAGACUCACAAUUAACACGAUUUAUAGAUAGUGCUACACAACUGACAAUUUAAAUUUAUACUACCUCUGUCCCGCUAUGAUUGUCCCGUUUUACCUUAUCAGUCCAUCCCACUAAGAUUGUCCCAUACCAAAUUUAAUAAAGUUUGUCUGACUCUAAAUCAUUUAUACUUUAAUCUUACUUUAUCAAUUCAAUUUCAACAACAUAAAACACUGUUUAUUGAUUUGCGUGCCACUCCCUCUUGUCCUAUUGUUAGCGGGACGGAGGGAGUAUAAUUUAAUGUAUAAAUACUUUCAGAUAGAGAAUUGAUAUUUACUCAAAAUAUUAUAUAGGUCGAAAUAGUGUUCUCUUUUCGCAAAGUUCAAGUAUUUGGAACAUAUUAUUUCGUGUUUAUGUGUGCUUCAUCUUCUUCCUAUCCAUAUAGAGAAGUUCCUCCCAGAAAAAGAAUCAGUAAGGAAAACACAAUGCUAAUCAAAAUCUCAAUAUCACGCAUUGCUCUUAUUUUCUUUUCUAUAGCACUUCUUCCUCAUAUUCAUGCAUUUACAGAAACUGAUAUGUAAAUGCACAGAAUUCUUGGAAGCUAAUUCAUCGUAUAGUGAAAACAAUGGUAACUUGGAAUUUCAUAUUCAUGCAUUUCAUGUAUUAGACUUUUCUUCUUCUUUUGCACAUUUCAGGAAGCUAACUUGGAAUUCUUCCACUCCCCCUGAUCUGCAAUUAUUUGGCCAUCAUAGAAUUGAUAUGUACUCUUUCAAAUAUGGUAAAAGUGAAAACAAUGUUUUUUUUGCAAAAAUCAAAUAUUUCCAACCAUGUUAUUAUGUAUGUAUGCUUCAUCUUCCUGCUCCAUACAAGGAAGUUCUUCCCAGAAGAAGAAUUAGUUAAAAAAAUGGUAAUCAAAAUCUCACUAUCUCACUAUCAUGUGUUGCUCUUUUGUGGUUUAUGCUAUGUAAACCAGAUAAGCCAUGAUUUUCCUUUAUAUAUGCCGGUUCUUAAAAAGAAUGGUCUGGUUUUGUAAUAGAAGCUUGCAUGUUUCAUCAAUGUUCCAUUCUUAAAUAAUAAGGCUUGGCGGAAGUAGUUGGCUAAUAAUAGGGCUCCAGAAGACAUUUGCUUAGAGUUGGCAAAAGACAGCGCAUAUCUAUUUUAAUGUUUUUUUUGAACCUGGAUCAAUCGCAAGCUUAUUUAUUCUAACAGAAUCCAAUAUGCAAAAGACACCAAUUUGGGUCUCAAACCAAUGAUGCACUUGCAACAUUCACACCAAAGAACCAGACUAAAACUACAACUAGUUCAUUGCACAACACUCUCACCCCAGUUUAAGUGCACUUGAACGAUUGAAUCGAGAUAUAAUCAAAACUUGUUAUGUAUGCCACCAGCCAAAAAAUUAAUGGUUCUUCGUAUUUUCUAGAGAUAAAAGGCUUACUAUAACCUCCUUUAGAAAAAGCAUAUCACCUUCCCAAAGGGUGAACCAUGAACACCCUCGUUUAAGGAACUGGAAAUAUAGAAAGUUCAGUCUAUAGUUCAAUUGCAAAUAGCACUCUGUUGAUGUACAUCUUUGGGAUGCUCUUCCUGAUAAGAUCAUUGUACCAUUUGACUUUUCAAACCAGCUCACUCUACCCAUACGAUUGGAGCAACAUCUCAUGCUACAAUUGCUAAUGAAAUUGAAGAAAUUGUGAUGCUCGUGAGGAGUUAAUUGAUAUUGGAGAAGAGGUUGAUGAUGAAGAAUUGUUUUAUAAUAUUGUUGGUGGAGAAGAUGGCAACAUCAGACUUUAUGGACUUGGCUCAUUCAGAGAACAUUUUGUUCAUAAUCAUGCAUCAGAACGCUCUUCAAAAGCAUGCACUUCAUCACAACAAAGUAAGCGCGUUGAUACAGAUCAUUUAUAAGCUGAAGUUAAAAGGUUGCAAGAAAUUGUAGAACAAACAAAGGGAAUAUCAACAACAAACAGAACAAAAGCAACAAAAGACUGAUGAUGUUAUCCGUGCUUUGGAGGAUCAAAUGGAAGAUUUAGCUCGUGAUAGAUCUAGGAGUUAUUGAAUUAUGAUAUAUAGCUUAACUUGCUUCUAAUUUGUUUCUUACAUCUUAUUGUCGAACCUGAAUGAUUUUUUUUUGUAUGUUAAACAUGAUAUAAAUACUUCUAAAUUUUAUAAUAACUUAUCUUUUUGCAAAGUUGCUUGGUGC